AGGGAGGGCGGCGCUCCGUGAAAGGCUCUUUGAUGCCGCGGGCUGCAGAGCUCGGCCAGACGCGGACCAGGGCCGGGCCCCGCCGACCCCUCUGCCUCCGGCUCCGCGCUUCGCAGCCACCGCACACCAUGCACCCCCAAGGUCGCACCGCCUCCCCACGGCUGCUGCUCGGCCUCUUCCUUGUGCCGCUGCUGCUGCUGCUGCCCGCGAAGUCUAGCGCCUCGGAGAACCCCAAGGUGAAGCAAAAAGCGCUGAUCCGGCAGAGGGAGGUGGUAGACCUGUACAAUGGAAUGUGCUUACAAGGACCAGCAGGAGUUCCGGGUCGCGAUGGGAGUCCUGGAGCCAAUGGCAUUCCUGGUACACCAGGAAUUCCAGGUCGGGAUGGAUUCAAAGGAGAAAAGGGGGAGUGCUUAAGAGAAAGCUUUGAGGAGUCCUGGACCCCAAACUACAAGCAGUGUUCGUGGAGCUCACUGAAUUACGGCAUAGAUCUCGGGAAGAUUGCGGAAUGUACAUUUACGAAGAUGCGCUCCAACAGUGCUCUGCGUGUUCUGUUCAGCGGUUCACUUCGGCUAAAGUGCAGAAACGCAUGCUGUCAGCGCUGGUACUUUACAUUUAAUGGAGCUGAAUGUUCAGGACCUCUUCCCAUCGAAGCCAUCAUCUAUCUGGAUCAAGGGAGCCCUGAAUUAAAUUCAACAAUUAAUAUCCAUCGUACUUCUUCUGUGGAAGGACUGUGUGAAGGGAUUGGCGCUGGGUUGGUAGAUGUGGCCAUCUGGGUUGGCACCUGCUCUGAUUACCCUAAAGGAGAUGCUUCCACUGGAUGGAACUCAGUGUCUCGCAUCAUUAUUGAAGAACUACCAAAAUAAAUCCUCCGAAGCUUUCAUUCCCUACCUCUUUUAUUUUUAAAACCAAACCUUUGAAUGGUUCAUUUAAAUGACAUUUAAGAAAUCGCUUUAUGUACCCAGCUGAAUGAAAAUGCAAAGUUAAAUAUGUUUACAGACCAAAGUGUGAUUUCACACUUUAAAAUCUAGCAUUAUCCAUUUUACUUCAACCAAGAAUGGUUUCGGGAUUUUUUUUUUUCCAUUGAUUAUUUUGUUCAUGAUUCUGUUCUUGGAACCUAUAUAUUGAAGUGUCAUUGUGAUCUUUGCUAUUUCCUAUUUCCUACUGUCAACGUGUUAAAAAAUACAAAAGUUAUGUCAUUGUACGAGCUGUAAAUGUUUAGAAUUAUUUUAUAUCUGUUAAAUAAAAUGUUCAGCUUUA